CGCACCAGCUCGACGACAGCACAGUCGUCGACUCUACGGCCACGAGCGCCGCGACUCAUCUCUGGCCUUGACGAUGAAGCCCCUGCUACCCUGACCCCCAUAGUCCGCCAUGCCUCGCCGCUACCUUCGCCCUUUGACUCCCGCGAGCCUUCGCCCAUGCCCGCGACCCACCUGCCGCGUACUGGCUCGUCUCAGACCCUCCGCCAUGUGACAAGCAUGAGCCGAUUGAACCCUGCUCGCGCUCAAUCUCCUGCCACUUUGUCCGCCUUCUUUGGAGACUCAUGGUCUGCCAUACAAGGAAUGGCAUCCGAUCUGCUGACCCAAUCCCCGGCAUCCUCGAACGCUGUACCUUCGCCGCGACGUCGCAAGUACUCGGUUAACUCGACCAACGCGAGAAACACAAGUGCUCCUUCGAAGCAAUGGGGUGUACCCGCUACCUCCGCUUCUACUGUCGGCCUUGGCUCCCAGGAAGAGAGGGACUCGUUGAUACGCGCCGAGAAGCGCAAGCAACUCAUGCAUGCCACUCCCGAACACAAUACCAUAGGGCAUUUUAAGCGACGCUCUUCGGAAGAUGGCCCAUCAGCCUCUGCUCCGCCUGAACAUGGUCAUGACCGAGACGCCCUGGUUUAUGUCCACCACGUUCAACCCGAAGACACACUUGCUGGAAUCACCAUCAAGUACAACAUCCACCCUUCGGCCUUGCGACGCGCCAACCGCAUGUGGCCAAACGACCGCAUACAAGUUCGCAAAACUAUUCUGCUUCCUGUCGAUCAGUGUGCUGUCAAAGGCACCCGUCUGAACGGGAGUGAGGAUCUGUAUCAGCUAACUCAGGAAAACAAUCCCUUUCCUACAUCCAUAGAGGAGGUCAAGACACCUGUUCCCACGGGCAGGAAGAGGAACGAGUCCGUGUCCACAAACGGCGAGCGACCGUCGUCCUCGUGUCGCUCUUCACACGAUCCGGACGCAAGCUGGGAACAUGAUGCAUGGGUGCUUCUGCCAAACAGCAAACAACCGACUGAGAUCGCCCGCUCGUCUCGUCGGAAUCUGGCUUUUUUCCCACCUGCUAGGCGGAAAUCCCAAACUUAUUCCGACAUUGACACGCCCUCUGCCUCUCUUGACCUCAAUAGAUCUGUGAUUCAUGAAAAUCCUCUGGACUCUCCCAAGCAGGAAAUUCCUCAACGACCGCGCGGGACUCGAAGGUCGUCUAACGCAAACAAUGCCUAUUUCCCCAGCUAUCUAGCUGGUCCUGGAGGUGUUGGAACAAUGGCAAAGAAUGUCAAGUCGCCUGGUCCUGCACAAGAUGGUCUGAACAAGAUGUUCGCAAGUCACUUGCCGAAUGUUGCUCCUCCACCGAAUCAAUCAAAUCUCUAUCUACCAGAUAUCCCAACGUACUCGGAUGAUCCGUCACCCUUUACACCCGGCCUCACGCAUGCGCAGUCGCCUUCGAUCAAUAUCGAGAACGUAGGCGCAGCAGUCGAGGGAUGGAUGCGCAAGAUGGCAGCCAAAGCCAGCACAGCCAUUCCACCACCACAAGACCGAGGGGCGCCGGCCAAAGGAGGGCCUAGCGGGAUUGGCGACUUGAUCGAAAUGGCAGAGUCUUUCGAGAUUGGGGAGGAUGAAGAAGACGAGGAACAGCAGAGGGGGCGUCAGGGCUCAGAGAACAACGGUCGACCUGGGAUGAGCAGCAGUGCUUCUUUUGCGUAUGCUUCAACACUCAAGGAUAGAGCGCGGAGUGGGACCAGUGCUGGCGCU